GCCCGCUCAGCCCCCCUGGUGCUGACAUUACAGGCGUGGCCGCCGCACCGGACCCAGUAGGGACAUUUCUGAGCCCCACUGUGUGCCUGGCUCUGGGCUUGGGCGGGGGCUGCAAAGCCAAUGAGGCCUAAGAAUGGGUUCUGGCCACACAGGGCAAGUGAACACCACUGCAGCCCGUCAGCAAACCCUGGUGUGAAAUGGCACCAUCGUGAUGCAAGUCCAAGAGUUUUCCCAGUCACAUUCCCCUGGAUCCCGAGGCCUCUGGAUGAAGAAACCUCACAGGGCCGAGAGAAAGUGCCAGGGCCAAGAUGCAAACUCUGCAGGACCAAUGGCCAGAGGGGCGACCCCAGCGGGGAACCCAACAGACAGGGGGGCCCAGGUCCUGCUUCCCACCCGCACAAGCCAUGAGUCUGAGCCUGUCGGUGGGUGGCAAAAUAAAGUCCCCCAAAGAUGCUCCCAUCCUUAACCCCGGACCUUUGUCUGCAUUACGUCAUCCAGCAAAAGGGACUUUGCAGAUGUGAUGGAAGGCAAAGCCUGGAGAUGGAGAGGCGAUGCUCCCGGGUGCUCCCAGGUGCUCCGGGCAGGCCCUCCGUGCAAUCGCAGGGCCUUUGCAGGAGGAAGGCAGGAGGGAGACAUGCUGACACAACAGAAGUAGAAGUUGGGGCCACAAGCCAAGGGAUGUGUGCAGCCUCUUGAAGGCGAGGAGUGGCUUCUCCCCAGAGGCCCUGAAAGGAGCGGAGUCCCGCCCACACCGUCACUUUAGCUCUGUGGGGCCCACUGGAACUCCAGAGCGGCAGGAUCAUUCCAUUGAUGUUGUUGUCCUAAGCCACGGAGUGUGGGGCAGCUGGUCAUAGCACGGCGGGACAUGGAGGCAGCUUCCCUCCUUGCUGAGCUGUGAGGAGCCUGGAAGAAGAUGACGCUCCUCCUGCCCGGGCGGAUGGGCCUGCUGCUGGGACCCCUCCCUGCCAGAUGGGAGCUUAUCCCACAGACCUGACCCUGCAGCUGCUGGCUGUGCAGAGGAAGAGUGGGCUGCAGGACCCCCGCCUGCAGCAGGCUCUGCGGGGCCAGCUCCGCCUUCUGGAGAAUGACAGCCGGGAGAUGGCCCACGUGCUCGGGGAGUUAUCAGCCAGGCUGCUGUCCAUCCACAGUGACCAGGACCGGAUCGUGGUGACGUUUAAGACUUUUGAAGAAAUCUGGAAGUUUUCUACCUACCAUGCUCUUGGCUUCACUCAUCACUGCCUGGCAAACCUGCUUGUGGACCAGGCCUUCUGGCUGCUCUCGCCCAGCGAGGAGGAGGAGACGGUCAUCCAAGUCCACGUGGAUGAGAAUGCCUUGAGGCUGACCCAUGAGAGCCUCCUCAUCCAGGAAGGGCCCUUCUUCGUUCUGUGUCCUGACCACCAUGUGAGAGUGAUGACGGGUCCCUGGGAUUCAGGACUUGGCCCCCAGGCCCUCAGGCAGGCUUCAGGGGCUCCCCAGGGAGAGGCAGCCCCCGAAACAGACGCUUCACCGCCGAGCCCCAGCGCAUCCUCCAAGGAGGUGGCAGUGGCAGCCGCCCCGGAACCUUUGAUUCCGUUUCAUCAGUGGGCUCUGAGGGUCCCCCAGGACCCCAUCGACGACUUCAUGGGUGGCCCUGCGACGCCUGACAACCCAUGGAUGGCUACGGGGCUGGCCUCGGCAUUGGCAGAUUUCCAGGGCUCGGGGCCUGAAGAGAUGACCUUCCAAAGAGGCGACCUCAUCGAGAUCCUCGGGGCACAGGUGCCCAGCCUGCCCUGGUGCGUGGGCCGACACGCAGCCUCGGGCCAGGUGGGGUUUGUGCCCAGCAGCCUCGUCAGCCUGCAGGGCCCAGUGUCCGAGUUGGAAAGUGCGAUUUUCCUCAGUGAGGAAGAAAAGUCAUUCUUCAGCAAGGGCCGCUUUUCUGAGGAGGAUGCCAGGCAGUUGCUGGGGCAGAUGUCGGGCACUGAUGUGUACACGGUGUACAGCCUGGGUGCGUGUGGGCAAUGCCCAUGGCAGGGCUCCUGCCCUCCCCUUCCCCUCCACAGCGCCCGCUUCCUUCGUCCAUCUGCAGAUAACUCAGUGGAGGAUGCUGAGACUGAGCAGCCCCAGGAACAAGAAAUACCUCUACCUUGCCUGAGCCUGGAGCCUCAGGAGACCCUGCAGAAGGUGAAGAAUGUUCUGGAACAAUGUAAGACCUGCCCUGGCUGCCCCCAGGAGCCCGCGUCCUGGGGUCUCCGUGCGGCAUCCAGCGAUGAGAGCUUGCAGGACCCAGAGAAGCCCUCCUUCUGCUUGGGAGCUGAGGACGACUGGACAAACCCGGAGACCCUGAGCUCACUGCUACUAUUCCUGAACGCUCCUGAGUACGAGGCUGGCUUCCAUGGCCUGUAUGACGUGGCACUGCCGUGGCUGAGCACUCUGUUCUGCAGCUUCAGCGAUGAGGAGGAGGUGACUGGGCGCCUGGCACAGGCCCGGGGCACGGCCAAGAAAGCCGGCCUCCUCAUGGCCCUGGCCAGACUGUGCUUCCUCCUGGGACGGUUGUGCAGCAGGAGACUCAAGCUGUCCCAGGCCCGGGUGUACUUUGAGGAAGCGCUGGGGGCCCUGGAGGGCCGCUUUGGAGACCUGUUCCUGGUGGUGGCCGUGUAUGCCAACCUGGCCAGCAUUUACCGGAAGCAGAAGAACCGGGAGAAGUGUGCACAGGUGGUGCCCAAAGCCAUGGCGCUGCUCCUGGGCACGCCCGGCCACAUCUGCAGCACUGAGGCAGAGGGGGAACUCCUGCAGCUGGCGCUGCGGUGGGCGGUGGGCGGCCAGAGCCUGCAGGCCGAGGCCCGCGCCUGCUUCCUGCUGGCCAGGCACCACGUGCACCUCAAGCAGCCCGAGGAGGCGCUGCCCUUCCUAGAGAGGCUGCUGCUUUUGCACAGGGACUCGGGAGCCCCGGCGGCUUCGUGGCCUACGGACUGCUCCCUGCUCCUGGCUGACAUCUACAGCCGCAAGUGCCUGCCCCACCUGGUGCUGGGCUGUGUCAAGGUGGCCUCAUUGCGGACACGGGGCUCACUGGCCAGCUCACUGAGGAGCGUGGACUUGGUGCUCCGGAACACCCCCCAGCCCCACGGCCUCCCUGCCCAGGCUUCCCACUACCUCAGGCAAGCACUGGCCUCCCUGGCCCCAGACACAGGCCAGCCACUGCGUGGCCCCCUCUACGCCAGCCUGGCCCAGCUAUACAGCCACCACGGGUGCCACGGCCCGGCCAUCACCUUCAUGACACAGGCAGUGGAAGCCAGUGUGGCUGCCGGAGUCCAUGCCAUCGUGGACCAUCUAGUGGCUCUGGCCUGGCUGCACAUGCUGCACGGGCAGAGCCCGGUGGCCCUGGACAUCCUGCAGUCUGUCCAGGAUGCGGGGGUGGCCAGCGAGGACCAGGAGGGUGUGAUUGCCAACAUGGUGGCUGUGGCCCUGAAGAGGACCGGCCGGACGAGGCAGGCAGCUGAGGGCUACUACCACGCCCUGCAGGUGGCUCAGGGCCUGGGCCAGCAGAGGAACCAGGCAGUGGUGCUAGCCAACUUCGGGGCUCUGUGCCUGCACGUGGGUGCCAGCAGGCUGGCACAGCACUACCUCCUGGAGGCUGUGCGGCUGUUCUCGAGGCUGCCCCGAGGGGAGUGUGGCCGGGACUUCACCCACGUGCUCCUGCAGCUGGGCCACCUGUGCACCCGCCAGGGCCCCGCCCAGCAGGGCAAAGGCUACUACGAGUGGGCUUUUCUGGUCGCCGUGGAGACGGGCCACGUGGAAAGCCAGCUGAGGGCCGUCCAGCGGCUGUGCCACUUCUACAGCGCCGUCAUGCCCAGCGAGGCCCAGUGCGUCAUCUACCAUGAGCUCCAGCUCUCCCUGGCCUGCAGGGUGGCCGACAAGGUGCUGGAGGGGCAGCUCCUGGAGACCAUCAGCCAGCUCUACCUGUCCCUGGGCACUGAGCGGGCCUAUAAAUCCGCUCUGGACUAUACCAAACGGAGUCUGGGGAUUUUCAUCGACCUCCAGAAGAAAGAGAAGGAGGCGCAUGCCUGGCUGCAAGCAGGAAAGAUCUAUUACAUCCUGCGGCAGAGUGAGCUGGUGGACCUGUACAUCCAGGUGGCACAGAAUGUGGCCCUGUACACAGGCGACCCCAGCCUGGGGCUGGAGCUGUUCGAGGCGGCUGGAGACAUCUUCUUCAAUGGGGCCUGGGAGCGGGAGAAAGCCGUGUCCUUCUACCGGGACCGGGCCCUGCCCCUGGCAGUGACGACGGGCAACCGCAAGGCGGAGCUGCGGCUGUGCAACAAGCUGGUGGCGCUGCUGGCCACGCUGGAGGAGCCCCGGGAGGGCCUGGAGUUCGCCCACAUGGCCCUAGCACUCAGCAUCACCCUGGGGGACCGGCUGAACGAGCGGGUGGCCUAUCACCGGCUGGCCGCCCUACACCACCGGCUGGGCCACGGCGAGCUGGCGGAGCACUUCUACCUCAAGGCGCUGUCGCUCUGCAACUCACCACUGGAGUUCGACGAGGAGACCCUCUACUACGUGAAGGUGUACCUGGUGCUCGGUGACAUCAUCUUCUACGACCUGAAGGACCCUUUUGAUGCGGCUGGGUAUUACCAGUUGGCACUGGCGGCCGCCGUGGACCUGGGCAACAAGAAGGCACAGCUGAAGAUCUACACGCGGCUGGCCACCAUCUACCACAACUUCCUCCUGGACCGCGAGAAGUCGCUCUUCUUCUACCAGAAGGCCAGGACCUUCGCCACUGAGCUCAACAUCCGCAGGGUCAAUCUGCCUCCCCUGCCGCUCUGCGGGUGGGCCCCCUGGCUGGCGCCCAGCCACCCUCACUGAGGACAGCGUCCGAGGAAGUGGGUUUUGUGCUGCUGGGGUGGGAGUGUGGUCUCCUGCCUCUCCUGGUAUCUCCAGUGGCUCAUUUUCUGGGAAAUGGGGACAUGAAAGCAGGGGUCAAAUGACAAUAAAUGAGUUUUUUUUUUUUUGCAAUAA